AUGAACCUGCAGGCGAAUAUACUAAUCAACAAGAGAGGCCAUGCAAGGCUGAUCGAUUUUGGUCUUUCCACCAUCCUCCGACCCCUUCUCGGCCAGUCGCACUUAGCUAUAUCAUGUGUACGCCCGGGUGCAAUCCGCUAUGCGGCACCAGAACUUGUUUUAUCAGAUAAUCCUGCCGAGCUGCCUUUGGAGAAAGCUGAUAUCUACUCUUUUGGUUGUAUAAUGCUUCAAGCUCUCUCGGGUCGGCUGCCUUGGUCUGAGAUUUGGUUGGGUCACCUGGUGGCGCGCAUCGCCGUUAAGAUGUCGCAGGGGCGUGGACCGCAACGCCCCGAUGGUCAUCCUGCGAUAAUAGACUUAGAUUGGGACUUCAUCCAAAGAUGUCUGCAAUUCAGUCCCGAACUUCGACCUUCAGCAGACGAAGUGCUUGACUUUGUCAUGCGCAGGUUUUCCUCCUCUCGGUAA